AUGGGAUUGGAAGUUGUUUCGAAGCCAGCUAGUCCAUCUCAAAUGGGAUUACUGGUGCCGAAAUUGACGCGGAAGUCGUCGUUAUCGUCUAAUUCAUCAGGAUCUGGUGAUGACAGUUUGCUGCAGGAGCAAAUAUCGGCUGCCGUUGAUCAUACGAAGCUGUUACUAAGCAAGCUGAAUGAGGAUGUUUUACCUAUUGAAAAGAAUGGCAACAUCGCUAGCAAGAACAGAGAGCAACAGUUUCUCGAGGAGGGUGGGUAUUCACGACCACAAAAAGAAGUCAUUACACAUAUUGUAAAAAAUGCAGUAGAGCGGCAGACUAUAAAGCCUGAAAUUUAUCACCGUACAGAUUUGUAUCAUAAAUUGCAAAGGGGUACCAACACUGAGUUGCUAGACUCGCUAAACUCGCUUGUGGAUCUAUUAGAAAAAUCACAACAGAAUGUAAGGCAAUUGAAGCUUAAGAACUUACUCUUGAGUUCUAAUUUGAAGGAUAUUGAUUCACGAAAGGGUGUCGAAAUGAACCUAUCUAAGCAUCUUUAUGAGAAAGUAAAAUUACAAUUAAAUAUUGAAAACCAGGAACUAAAAGAAACAAUACGUCUGAAGGAUACGAAGAUAUCAAAAUACCGGCAUACUAUCAUUGAGAAGAACAAACAGAUUAAUAAACUCAUGCGUAUUUUGAACGAUACAUCAUCAAUUGAGAGUAGGUCUUCAUCACUUCCUUUGUCAAGUCAUAACCGACCAAAUUUAGUAAUUAAAAAUCCUCGAGAUGAACACUCAUUACAGCGUUCGGACUCAAGUAUGUUGGAUACACUUGGGAUCUUAGCAUCUCGAGUACUCAGUGAAGAGAAUGAAUCUGCUCAUAGUCAUGAGCUAACAGAAUCUGAUAAUUAUCACUCAACUGAUAGCUCACAGUCACACUUGACAUCCGCGCAAGUGCAGAUACAAAAAUCGCAGGUACGAUGUGAAGGAAAACUUACCCAGACCAAGCAAUUACCUAGUAUGAAAAUACCAAGUCUACGUAAAUUUUCUGUGUUGCGCGAAGUUCAAAAUGAUCAACUUGCAUGUAUCGGUGGCUCAAAUUCCAAAAAGGGAAACGCUGGCGCUUCACUGAUAACUGCGACUUUACCUACAUUCUUGAGCUACGAAGGGCUGAAUAGAUCUACGAAAGAGGGCUGA